AUGAGAACUUCGAUAUACACUUCUCAUAUACAGAACGGUCACCGGUCUAGCUGCAAUCAAGCUGAGAUCUCGCUUCUCGUUCCCUAUCACCUCUUCGACGCUAUCGUCGACUGCCUUCAUCGCGACUUUGCCACCCUCCAGAGCGUUUCCACAGUGUCUUCAACUUUCCGCUCGCUAGCCCAGAGGAAGAUUUUCUACGAGGUGUCCCUUAGCAUCCCAUCAAGCACUGAACAACCAAAUUCCGGUUCGGCAGAGGUGCUUUUGGAGCAUCUUGCAGAAUCUCCUCAUCUCGUUGAUUAUGUGCGACGGCUGAAUAUCACGGAUGACGGAUAUACAAGGGAGAUGAACGCGUUCACUAUGCAAGGGGACGAUGCGUUCAUCCACAUUCUGUCUUCUUUCAAAUACCUCUCCGCGAUAAUCUUCAGAAGGCGAUCAAACGGCGUCUCAAAAAUCAUAUGGACAAAUCUGCCUCUCAACAUGCAAACCGCGAUUCUGGAAUCACUCCGCUGUUUGACAGUAGUCCGGGUUGAAAUCCUUGACACCAUUGAGGAUUUCCAUUUGCAGUUAUUGGUUGAUUCCCAUGCGUUGGAGCAUUUGAGAGUUUUUGACUUGGAUUGGCCGCGAGUUCCCCCAUCCAAGACUUCUCCACCAGUUCAAAAAAUGGCGCUGAAAAGUCUCGAGCUCAGGGAGACCACUCCAUUUUCGGGCGGGAAGAUCUUUCGUUUUAUGUGUGACCCUGAGUCGGUCGACCUUUCCCAAUUGACAUCACUUCGCGUCGAAAUGGACCCAAUGUGGCCCUCGCUGAUAAAGGAGACGGAUGCAUUUCUGCGAAAAGUGUCUGAUUCUCUCAAGUGCCUGCACUAUUUUCGGCCUCGGUAUGCACGACGUCACAAUUUUGACUCUUCUAGUACUCUCGACUUGAGCAUUCCAUCGCACCUCAAAUGCUUCAGGAUCUCCACCAACCUUGCAAAUAAUGGAUUCCCUUGGCUCAUCAAGUGUCUUGGACGUAUCCCGCCUUGCAGUCGAAUCAAUACCAUCAAGCUACAUCUCAACCUCGAUAUGCAUGUCCCCUCAUAUACUGGGGAUAUCGACUGGGCAGUGCUAGAUACGUUGAUUUGCACUUUACACAACCUCCGCAGUUGUCAUAUUUACAUUCGGACGACCACACGAAGUAUUUUAAGAUUGCUGGGUGGAUUACUUCCCUCCGCCCAAUCAAAAGGCAUCUUGCGAAUCACGAUCUGGAUUUGCACGGCUACCCAGCAGUCACUGUUUUUCUAA